AAGAGGAAGAAGAUACUAUAAAGGAUAUGGCUUUUAAAGGGGAACGCAUUUUAGAAAUAGACGAGUUUUUUGAUCAAUUGGAAGCCGAAUUUAAUAAAGUUGAUGAUAAAGAGAUUUGGAAAGGUGUUAUAGACAAUAUUUGGGCGUUUGGAACCAAACGUGUUGGACCGAACUUAUUAGUAAAUCAUGUACCAAAUUAUGAACGGAAAUCAUGGAGGAAAAUUUGCAGUGCAUUGAAAGUUUUUGAAACGGUCCAUCCAGAAGUAAAUGAAGAAGAUUUUCUUCAUGAAGAACGUACUUCAUAUAAUUUAUCGAUCCGUGAUUUUGUUGAAGGAAUUCAUACAGGGUUUCAACUUGCCACAAAAUCAGGCCCACUUUGUGCUGAACCGUUAAUGGGAGUGUCCUAUUUUUUAGAAGAUUUCACGAUAAAUAUAGAUAGCAAUAAUUUGGAUAUAUCUGAAAUACGAAAUAAAUUAGGUGGACAAGUUAUUACUACAAUGAGAGACGCAUGUAAUAAGGGUUUUUUAGAAUGGUCUCCAAGACUAAUGUUGGCUAUGUACUCCUGUGAUAUUCAAGCAACUGGUCGUGUAUAUGGUGUAAUAUCAAAACGUCGAGGGCGUAUUAUUUCCGAAGAAUUAAAAGAAGGAACUCCAUUUUUCCAUAUUUUUGCAUCACUACCUGUAAUAGAGAGUUUCGGAUUUGCUGACGAAAUAAGGAAGCGGACUUCUGGCACGGCUAGCCCACAACUAAUCUUUAGCGGAUUUGAGAUGUUGGAUGAGGAUCCGUUUUGGGUCCCAACGACUGAAGAAGAGCUUGAAGACUUAGGAGAAAAGUCUGAUAGAGAAAAUCUUGCAAAGAAAUAUAUGGAAGAUGUAAGAAAACGCAAGGGAAUGUUUAUAGAUAGGAAAAUAAUUGAGCAUGCAGAAAAACAGCGAACAUUAAAAAAGAAGUAA